AUGACAGGCCGAUUCUGGGGAGUUUUACCCUUGGCGCUGGUGGUCGCCGUGUGCGCACUGAUCUAUGUGCUUCUGUAUGGAUAUAUCUCCGAACAGAGCAUUGGGAUCCGUUACUAUGGCGAUGGAGACGUUGUGGCUGUCUACGACAAAUCUGAAAGGGGGAGCUGGUACACAAGGUUGAAAAACGUCUACUACGUCUCCAAUGUGGACUUAAAUAUUAAUAUAUCAGAGAAAACUGCAGCUGGUAAUUGGACAGCAAUCACAACCAAAGAAAAAAGUAAUUCCGUGACGACUGACCCAACAACUUUAAAACAGACUGUAAAAGAGACAAAUGGAUUAACAGGUGGACCCGGGUCUGCACACAAGGAGACCCCCAUGCUCCCCCUGCAAAAAAAGGACUUCAAGCAAUAUCCCGACUGGGAUUUUGAGGAUGUUUACAUCCGGGACAAGCAACCGAGACAGACGGCCUGUCCCCAGUCUCUGAGGAACUCCAAGGACCCAGGCUUCAAGCAGGCCUUUAUACCAGACAUCCAGUUGUACCUCCACAGUGGACUACUCAAUGUGCCAGAGUGGAACAGGCUAGCUCACUUCAAUAACCCCUUUGGCUUCAUGGAAUACUCAAACUACACAGAGAUAAAGGCAGUGGUGGACCUGAUCCCCAAGCCAGGAGAACCCCUGCUCCUGCCGCGGGGAAACCCCAUGUGUAUUCGCUGUGCUGUGGUGGCCAACGGAGGAAUACUCAACGGCUCUGGGAUGGGGAAGGAAAUCGAUGAUCAUGACUACGUGUUUCGGAUGAAUGGUGCCGUAACCAGGGGUUACGAGGAGGAUGUAGGUAAUAGAACGUCGGUGUACGUUCACACCGCCCACGCCAUCGUCCAGUCUCCUCAUGUAUUCCAUGAUUACGGCUACAACAGUGCACCUCAUGAUGAGGGCAUAAAGUAUGUGCUAAUUCCCGAGGGACUGAGGGAUUUCCAGUGGCUACGGGGUCUAUUGGGGAAGACGCCAGUCUCUGAAGGACCCUACAAGAACAGACGGCCGUGGAUGGACUACUCAGGACAGUUUGAUGAGAACCGCUUCUAUGUUCUUCACCCUGACUUUCUCAGAUACGUCCGCAAAAGGUUCCUGUGGUCCCAGGCUCUGAAGGGUUUGGGGUGGACUAUAUUCAGACCUACUAACGGAGCGUUCACACUCUUCCUGGCCCUGCACACCUGUGACGUGGUGGAUGCGUAUGGAUUUAUCACAGAGGACCACGGUAAAUAUCCCAACUAUUAUGUUGAGAGGUACUCUAAAACCAAAGUCAUCUUCUACGCUAAUCACGACUACAGCCUAGAGAUUAAGAGCUGGAAGAAAUUGCAUGACACCAAGAUCAUCCGGCUUUAUCAGAGACAGGAGGACCCAGAGGGAACGACAGGAAAACCGAAACAACCAUAGAACCCUGUCUGUCUGCACAGGUGGACAAAGAUACAUCAAUAUGUGUCUUGUUACAAAAUACCCAAAAUAACAAUUGUAAUGUGGAAAUGUAAGAUAAAAAAAGUUCAUAUUUAGUUGAGUGGUUAACACAAUGUUUAGCAUAUUGAUAUAUUGUCCCUUUCUGUAAUACACAUGAUUUCCAGUGUUCUGUUUGGGACUCUCGGGUUGAUGGUGGUCACUAGACUCGAUGCUGUAUGUUAUGGAUUAAACUCAUAACUGUUGAUAGUCACUGACGCCAGACUGGAGGUUCAAGGACUCAAGACACACGGAUUAUUAUUGUAUUGUGUGAAACACUGAUUAUGAAGCAGCUGGCAAAGCCACUACGUUUUGUUUCGACUUCCUAUUUCUAUGGUCUUCUAAAUCUUGUCUUUCUAAGAUGGUGGCCCGUGAGGCUUGCCAUGGUACAAACGCUAGAGAGAAUAUAGUAGACGGUAUGUGUCAAAAAGUGAUUGUUGGGCUAUUUUUGUGUCCUGUGUUUACAUCCUUUUAAGGACGUCCUGUCCGGAUGUUGUCACGCUAUCGAGUGAGUGCUUAUGUAACUUGAUAGUGCAGCGGUUCCUUUGAAGUAUAAAGCACCUGUUUGAAAUAAAAAGUAAUGUCCUGGUGAUUGAUGUGUUGUGUAGUGACCUCGUUGAACUGUUCAAUGUGUUAGAACAUUUUAAACAGUUGGGAAUUUUUGUAGUGAACGGGGAGGCCUGAGUUUGAAGUGUUUGAAGAGUUGAAACAGUUGAGAAUUUUUGUAGUGAACGGGGAGGCCUGAGUUUGAAGUGUUUGAAGAGUUGAAACAGUUGUGAAUUUUUGUAGUGAACGGGGAGGCCUGAGUUUGAAGUGUUUGAAGAGUUGAAACAGUUGGGAAUUUUUGUAGUGAACGGGGAGGCCUGAGUUUGAAGUGUUUGAAGAGUUGAUGUAUAGGAGUUGCUGUAUAGUGAGCUUGUGACCCCUUGUAGAAUGAAAAAGUAAUUUCCGAGGGGGGUAGGUCUGCCUGAGUACUAACACGCCCGUGACGUCCUUAACAUAGCAAGUAGGACCCAGGCUAUAUCAUAGAGAAAGGGAUGAGUAUAAAUCAUCAAUAUAUGAUGCUCCAAAAAAUAGUUUCCUAAUGUGUAUAGAACCCAAAUACCUCCCGUAACUGUACUGAAAGAUCAAGUGUUGAUGUCUAAUGG